UCUACGUCAGGACGACGGACUUCUUCAAGGCCCAGGUGAGAAAGAGACCCCCUGAGUCCUGGGUGAGAGACUUCGGGGUUCUUUGGGACUAGAGGAAUCCUGAAACCAUGGAUCACCUAUAUAUGCUUUGAGACAUGCUUUAGAUGUUUUUUCUGGAAGCCCUGCAAUUGCCCUAAAAAUUGAAUGUAUCAUUGAAAAGACCUAUGGCCAAUGGUGGCAGAGUCUACAUAGAACUAUGCUUCGUGGUGUUCUGGGAAAAACCUUUCGGCUUGUUGGCUAUACUAUUCAGUAUGGCUGUAUAGCUCAUUGUGCUUUUGAAUACGUUGGUGGUGUUGUCAUGUGUUCUGGACCAUCAAUGGAGCCUACAAUUCAAAAUUCAGAUAUUGUUUUUGCAGAAAAUCUUAGUCGACAUUUUUAUGGUAUCCAAAGAGGUGACAUUGUGAUUGCAAAAAGCCCAAGUGAUCCAAAAUCAAAUAUUUGUAAAAGAGUAAUUGGUUUGGAAGGAGACAAAAUUCUCAGCAAUAGUCCAUCAGUUUUCUUUAAAAGCCAUAGUUAUGUGCCAACAGGUCAUGUGUGGUUAGAAGGUGAUAAUCUACAGAAUUCUACAGAUUCCAGGUACUAUGGACCUGUUCCAUAUGGACUAAUAAGAGGACGUAUCUUCUUUAAGGUGGACUUCGACAGUCUUAUAUUUUUUCUGCAAAUAAUAGAGCUGACAAAAAAGAAUCCUUUUUUUUUUAAUCAGCUUUAUACAUUUGCCUGAAUGGACAAAGGUGGAGUAGAUUUUCCUUCAUGUGUCUGAAUACACUAAAGAAUUCCACUUAGUGAACAAUCUCAGCGAUAAUGAAGGAGUUCUAUAACUAGUGAACACAUAUCACAAGAAAUCAGCGUCACUUCUUCUGCUUCAUCCUUGGAAACACUGUAUUUUCCACCACAUCGACAACUCAGAGAAAAAGAAUGAUCAUCUGCAAAGAAAACAAAAUGCUUACAUGUAACUACUUUGUUAAUACCUUUUUAAAAAAUGCAGCUAUUCCACAGAAACUGCAAAAGAAAAAAGAUCAGUCAAUAUAAAAUAUAUUUAAAUGAGAACUUGAAAAAAUUUCUCAUAUAGGGGGCAGUGUUUCUAAAAAUUAUCUACUAAAAAAUCUUUAUCUGUGGAGGAAAUGUAUUGAGGAUAUGAAACAAUAGACCAAAGAUCCUGUAGGGGAGAGCAGAUGCUCAGAAGUGACCAAUGAAAUUUAUUUGAAGUCUUCUGUUUUCUUAAGAUUCAUGUAAAUUUUACAUUCUUCUGAACAAUGUGGUUGUCAAAAUAUUACUGUGAAGGAAGAAGAGAAACAGCCCUAGCUGUCUUAUUGUUAAGGAGCAUGCCUUUGCCAGUAGUAUAUCCUUUCAGAGAAAACCGCUGACUUGACUGUUUAUCAGGUUCAGCAUUUGAAUCCUGUCUGUUCUGGUAUCACACUAUUUCAAGAAUCCUGCCUUAAAUGUAUAGACAUAUACUAUGGUGUCCUUUCUGUGGGGGCUAUGUGUGUGUACCUGUUUGUUUGGUGUUUACAAAUGAUUUAGGAACCAAAAGGACAAUCACUGAAGUGAGAUGCCCAAAGGAGGCAAUAUGGUGCAACGUUCUGCCUACGAAUGGGGGAAAUUUUAUAAGUUUCCUCUUCCUAGGAAGUUGAAAUACUUUGUCUUUUAGCUGAAAGAAUCUCUGAUCCACUGGUUAUUCCAUUUUACUGUCACUGAGGAGUGACUGUCAAAGAAAAGUAAUUACUGAUCUCAUUAUUUUACUACUGUCAUAAAAAAAAUUAGAGAUAAAUGAACUAAAUCUCUAAAGAUAUAAUUUCUUACAAUCAAAUAUCUUCAUUCAAUUCUCAAACUUCAUUUUUUAACACUUAGAUCUCAUCAUAUGCCAUGAAAAGAAAAAGAAAAGAAAAAGAAAAAAUAUUCAACUGCCUUGGAUUUGUUCUCUAAUCAACUUUGGUCUUGGAAAAACAAGCAAUUAAAUAAGCCAGCUUUACAUGUUUAUUUUAUCAGUAAGGAAAACAUUAAUUCACAAUCCUGCUUUUCAUUUUUCACCACAAUGUCUUUUUUCUCUAUAAAGAAAAAUAACUUAAUCUUGAAUUUUAAAACACUAACAUCUUCCCUAUCUGAGCCAACAUAUAUGUGUAAUAGAGCAUGCUUUCAAAGUGAACUAUUUUAUUAUUAAAUUGUCUAAAAAUACAUAUUCUAACCAUUGGUUUUCUGGAGCUAAAUCUCCCUCUUGUUUUUUCACCACCUCAGUGAACACUGAGAAACAAUUUGAGGUGACAUGUGCUUGGUAGAUGAUGCAGAGGCCACCAUGGGCUACUGUGGAGUUUUGUCAUAGAUGAUUCCAAAUGUUAAUGCUCACUAAAACUCACAUAUUUUUAAAUUUCUUCUUAAAUUAUUCUACUAUCACUUAAAGUGAUAUCUUCACAGAAAUCAUAAUUUUAAAUACACUGAAUGAAGACAAAACAACCAAGCUGUAUAAGAGACUAACUGUAAGGGGAAUGGCUAACUUCAGUCUCUCAAUAGUUCUUCAGGUAUGCCUUUUAAGCAUAGUAAAAUGCAUCAUUUCCUACUGUUCCUGGACCCAGAAGCUGAUAAUUUGGCUAUGUUUUUCAUGUAGGAUUUCAUCCACUUUUCGCCUAUUCUGGAUCUUCACCUUCCAAGGUUAUUCUGAAAGCGCCCAUGAAGGAAUCAUCAAAUGCUUUUGCUAGUCCAGUUGAUCACACUUUUUAUGUACUUUCAUCUGCCAAGGCUGCUCUUUGCAAUCGCACGGAACAAUUCCAAAUUGCAAAUUCAACUGCAAAACUCACAUGACCAGUUUUUAAACAUUCCUGCAAAAAUAAUAGCUUCAUGUAGCUGUUACUCACUAUUUUCUCUCAUAAGGAUAAGGACUAUUUCUAUCUUUGCAGUGAUAAAAAACCCUUAAUUUAAAUAAGUAUCUAAGAACAUCCUGUACUUUUAAGAUGAACUGUAGCUGCUUAUAACUGAUUCACUGGCUGUAGCUGGGAUGCUUCUUUAUCGUCUUCACUGUCAAGUUUACUUUAGGGAGCACCAAGGACAAUAACAUUUAUGAUAAUUCUUGAUUUCAUGUUGUAUAUGUCUUUCAACGUCUUGGCAUUUUCACUUGUUAUCAAAAAGCCCAUAUAUUUGCUGACUGAACAGAUGCUUGAACCACACUAAUCCACAGUCUUAAUUUAAAAUAAAAUCUUAAAUUGAUUAUAUUUUUAAAAUUUUACUAAAGAAGUAAAAAUUACAAAAACCAGUUUUCACUGUUUUAAUAUUAUCAGGAAUUAUUAGUAACAAAACAUAUUAGUCAUAUCAACUACAACAAGAAGAACUAAUUUGUCCAAUAAGAGAUGGACACACACGCACAUAUACUGGUUGAUAAGCUGGCAAUACUGUAUUUUCAAAAAAUAUUAUUUAGCUGGGCAAGUCUCCCUGAUAAACAUGUUCUAAUCUAUCCUCUUCACAAAGUAGCAGUGAAAUCAGUGUCACUAGUGUAUUCUAUUUUCACAGCAGUAGCUCUUCCUGUUUACUCUGAUGAAACUAUCAUGAACCCCGGGAGCCCCAGUUACACAAAAUCUCAAGUUUUCCAAUCAUUCACUGCAAAUAAGAAUUUCUACUCCAGGAUUUCAUUUGGCAGUUUAGGAGCAGAGUGGCUCAUAGGCAAAAACAUGAUUCCCCUUCUAAGUCAAUAUAGCUUUGUGGCCCAACUUCCUAAGAGCACUAAGCUAAGAAUUUGCCAUUAAAAAAUAUUCCAGUAAACUUGGUUUCGGAAAGGACAGGCUGUUUAUCUUCUACUUAUCCACACUUACUAAUAAAUUUUUAUAAACACCCAGGGAAUCUGUACCCCAGGCUGAAUAACACAGUUAUAGGACUAAGUAUAUAAAAUUCUAGAAAACAGUAAGACUUCUUCAUUUGCCCAGAGAAACAUGGAAUUGUGGUAUUCAUGGCUUCCAUUUUUAAAAAAAGGAACUUAAUAAAACCUAACCAGAGCAAUUCACAGAACUAAUCUGAAGAAUGGAAAAUUAAGUUAGAUUUAAGUUUUUAAAUUCUAUUAAUAGGAAAGGGGAAAAAGAUAUGACUUCAUGGUAGGUAAAAGGGAGUGACAGAUUUUUCUUUUCCACUUAAGACACAAUCAAAAAAGGAGGUUAAACAUCAAGCUCCAAGUAGAAGAGUAUAACAUGUAUAACAUUAAAAUCCUUGCUCUGACAAUUUAUCAUUCCAUAUAAAGAAACAAAAAUAAACAUAUAUUCUAAUAGGAAUUCAUCUUAAGUGUCAACAUAGGAUGGAAAAAAUUAUCUCCUUUGACUAUAUUCCCUGUUAUACAGAUGGAGAGUAAACAAAAAAUCAAAGUAGUUUAAAAAAGAAAACCAUAUGAAAUCUUAAGUACCUAACAUCUAAUUAGGAUAGGAAAAUAACUGGGAAUGAGUCACAUAAGUGGACAUCAAUAAUUGAAGUUUAGAAUGAAACAAGAAGAUUCCAAACAAAAACACCCACAUAUAUAUAGAAAGCCAAGCUGUUAUUUCCGAACAUCCUAUGGCUUUUUUCUUAUAGGAGGUCCCUAAUAUUUUUCCUGAUUGUAACCAAGAAAGAAAAAUAAUUCCAACCUUCAUUCCAAGACAUUUCUUCAAGAUAUACUCGAGCAUCUACUGGUCCCAUAUUUCUUAGAUCAUCUUCUGUAAAAUACAGAAUGAGACACUUAAUUUUGAUACUUAAAUCAUAACCAUGAAGAAUGCUAAGAAGGCAAGUCCAGCCUGGUCACUACAAUUCUAAUUAUAUAAAAACUUAGCUUACUAUAUUUGUGACUAAGAAAGUGUGGAGUCAGGUAAAAAAUAACUAUAUUUGAACCUCAGUUAUAAUAUUUUACUAGCUUUUUAACCUUAUGUAUAUCAAAUUAUCUACUUUAGAAGGGUCACUCUGGACUGAAUUAUGUCCCACCUCCCAAAUUCUUAUGUUGAAGCCCUAACUCCCAACAUACUGUAUUUGGAAAUAAGCCUUUUAGAAGGUAAUUAAGGUUAAAUGAGGUCAUAAGAGUGGGGUCCUAAUCUGAUAGAAUUGAUGGCCUUACAAGAGGACGAAGAGAGAGGUCUCUCCCCACUCACAUGCACAGAGGAAAGUAUCAUAUGAAGACACAGCAAGAAAGUGGUCCUUUGCAAGCCAGAAAGAGACCUGACCAGGAUCCUCAUCAACUUGCCCCUCAAUCUUGGAUUUUUCAGCCUCCAGCACUGUGAGAAAUAAAUUUCUGUUGUUUAAACCA